AUGCAAAGGAGGAGCAAAUACAAAAAGGAUAAAUCAGGGAUUAUAAUUGGGGAAGUGAGUCCAGUACAAAAGAGCAAGGAGGUAGCAAAUACCAAUGCAUUUGCAGUACUGGAAGACACUGCAGAUAACCAUGAUAAUACAAAUAAAGAACAAAUGGCACAAGAAGAGACUAGAACAUGGAUAGAAAAGAGUUUCUAUACUAAUAAAAGCCCAACAAAGGACAUAGACAAUAACACAAAUGUCACAGAACAACCACAAGAAGACAGCAGCAAAUCUGGAGAAGAGAUCUAUAGCAGUCACACAAGAACAAGAAUGGAGGAUAGCUUACCUGAGGAAAUACACAGUCAGUCACCAAACAGGAAAAUCCAUACAGAAUCUACAGCUUCAAAGCUUCAGCAACAGGAGGAUAAACAAAAGAGUCAAAGUAGAAACCAAUAUAGUGCAAACAGCAGCAAGACAACAGCCACAAGCAGAGGGGAACAAAUAAUAUUAGAUGCACAAGAUAACAUGGUGAAAUUUCAGACUCCAGAUCUAAACCAAAUAGAGCAAGGAAGGAAAUACAAUAGUCAUAACAAAGAAGUGACUUCACAAGAAAAUUACAGCUGGUGGGAAGUGGAGAGACAGAUAGAAGAGCAGCAAGAAGAAAAUAAUAAAGCAAACAGGGAAAAUGAAGAAACAACAACAAAAAAAAGAACAGAACAGGAGAGGGAAAAUCAAGAGCUCAGUAAGGGGCAACAUGAGCAUGGCAUAUCAACAAUAUCAAAAAUGAUUAUGGAAAGAGGUAGCAGAGACCUAGAUGAACAUACCUUAGAGCACAAUUUUGAAGCAACUGUUAGAGCAGGAGAUAUCUCACCAAAGUAUCUCCAAAAAGGAGGAGGAAAAGAAAAAAGAAAGAUAUCAAGAGAGACAAGUAUCCCACCUGGGGGUGGAGUCCAUACUAGAAGGCAGAUUAAUAAACUUAAUAAACCAUGA